AUGCUUCGCUCUUGCGCGCGGCUCGCGGCGGCCGCUGCGGCUCCGGCAAAGGCCGCUCGCUCUACCGCUGAAGUGCCCGACGUUCUGGUUACCUUUGGAAACCAGUCCGAGAAAAUCACUUUUGUCAGCCACCCAGGUGUCAUGGCCGUUUCCAAGCUCCUGGAAAUGGACUACCUGACCGAGCAUCGGGCAAUCCUUUCACAGGAGAACGUAGACGCCAUCCGCGAAUAUGACGAAGAACUUGCGAAUAAGGCGCAGAUUGCGGUCGACAACAACAUCCCUGUGAACUUCCAGAAUCUCGAAUUCUUCGACCGGCAGGAAUUUGUUGAAAUGCACAAGAAGGAAGAGGCUUUGCUGAAGAAAGCUCGUGAAGAUGUUCUCGCCGCUCCACGGGGGCAGUACACAGUGCCCAGCUACGUGGCGGAUUACUCGCCGAUUGAGAUCCCCCGCAAGUAUCGUACUGAUCUGGAUCUGACAGAGGAGAUGGUUAAAGUAGAUCCGGCGCUUCGCGUGCAGGCCGAACUGCGGGAUAUCAUCACGGACUAUCUCGUCAGCGGGAAGAAGAAGGCAGCUGCGUCAGUCACUGGCGGCGAGAAGAAGCAGAUCGCCUGA